AUGCUUUUCUGUAGCUUGCUGUACCCCUAUUCAUUGGCUGCUGGAGCCGCGUGCGGUUUGCUGAUCCUUACCGUGAUCGUCGCUUACUUCGUAGCGAAGAGAAACCGCAGCAAAGGAAGUGACGAGGAACAGACUUCCUCUAGCAUCCUGGUGUAUCCGUCGCAACAGACCGGAUCGGCACCGCAGUUUUUAACUAGAGAGAUUCACUUCAGCCUGCCUCCGUUACGAAGCACUUCAUUAGGUGACCUAGCGGAGGACAAUCCUUACGACUCAGACAUCGACACUGAUUCACUUUUACUGCCCACUGUGGGUCAUAACUACCGUUCCAAUUCGUUCAGUUGUUACGGCUUGGGAGUAAUAGAACCGGCAUUGUACAAGAGUACAUUGGAUUUGGACGAAAUCCAAUGGCCAGAGGGGCACAUCGGAAGGCUGUGGUUUUCCUUGCGCUAUGAACCGUCUACCGAAAAGCUGCUUGUGUCGUUGCUGAAAGCCAAGAAUCUCCCCUCAAGGACAGUCGGUACAGUCAAUAGCUGCGAUCCGUUCGUAAGAUUACAUUUAAUGCCCGACGAACGACGUUACUUGCAAUCCAAACAAAAGAAGAAAACUUGCAAUCCUUACUUCGAUGAAACGUUGGUAUUUCAGGUCUCCGCGAAGGAUAUGUCCGACCACACGCUGAAGUUGACAGUUAUCGACGGCGGCCGUGUCAAGAAAAAGAGUGAAAUUGGCCAUGUCACAUAUCCUCUUAAGGAUUUGGAAAUUGGGGAUGGGACAGAGCAACAGCUUUUCAAAAUGGACCUUGAAAAGGAACCGCAAGAGAUCAAGUCAGAUCUAGGUGAGUUACUGCUAUCCCUAGUCUACAACGAAAAUCUCAAUAGGCUGACUGCUACAGUAAUCGAAGCCAGAAGACUCAAGUUUCAGGGUGACAAGCACGAGGCUUAUGUGAGACUGACUCUGAACCAGCACUACAGGGCAGUCAAAGAAAAACGCACAGGCAUAGCGAAGCCUUCGAGAGACAAUACCGUAACCUUCACUGAAGGAUUUAACUUCAAACUAGCGCCAGCCCAGGUGGACAUCACCAGCUUGGCCUUCCACGUGUUCCAGUCUACAUCAGGUUAUGGUAGGGACAAGUUAAUUGGGAAGUGUGUCUUGGGAUCGUAUAUGUUUGCAAGAGGAAAGGCCCUCAUCCAAUGGAACACAGCCAUAGCCAACCCCAUGGAACAGAAUCAGCAGUGGCAUGUACUUUCAGAAUAGAGAUAUUUUAUGUAACAAGUUAAAGUAAUACUUAAAAUAUUUAUUAAUGAUUCUCGACAUAUGUCGAUAAUGGUUGUCGAUUACUUAAUGUUUAAUAUGUCUAUGUCUUGUUGGUAACUAUUAAUAACUAAA